GACUCAAAUUAGAGCACUUUUGGUUUGCACAAGUGUAGCGGCUGCAGAGACACAGGCACGGGAGCAUUUUUUUGUCCGUCCGUGGCUGUAUGCGGAGCUAGUAUCCGUUUACGGAGGUUGCAGGAACUGCGGAAGCCUUUGGACUAACCAUCAGCUCACUCGUCGAUGCUCAGGGUCAUCCUGUCUGUUUCGUUAAAAGUCUUCUAGGAGUUCUGUGAUUUUCUUAUUGCUUUUGGGUUGUCGAACGAUCGGUAUUGCCUUCCGAAAAAACUCAGCCGUCACGCCAACUGCUGACUCACCCUGGUUGGCCUGGCAAACCAGCCAGCCACGAUGUUGUGAUCCUUUGCCGAGCUCUACACACGACGCUUGUCCCGCGGAUCAAGGUACCGCAAUUUUUCCUCGGAAAGCUCAUCUUCUCAGCGACCUUUCUCUUACUUGCCACAUUUCGGGAUGACAUGUAACUCUUCUAGCGAAUACUGCGGCCCCACAUUGCGCUGGUUUCAGUUGCCACUUUUCCGGGUGGAAAUGAACUGUUCUGAUUAAAGGAAUAAUUACCCAACUUUCAUUCUCCGUGGCGUUCAUUUGAGUCUUUCACUCGAGUCUCAAUUUCUGCAAGCCGGAGAUAUAGGCCGCGUUUGCUCUGCGUAGACAUGCAGGCCUUCUCAGACACUUUCCACAUGACGCGUCAAGAAAUCCGUUUUUCGUCAAGUCACCAGUGACCGUCCUCCGGGUAAAAACUCAGGCGAAGAUUCCCCCUGAUCAUUUGGAUGUUGUAGUCGCUUUAUGGGCCACAAAGAGUUGAAGGUGCGUCUGGGAUUGCCGACGGUGCCAAGUUCGUCGUGCGCCUCGGUGCUACGAAGAACUCUUGGAGAUUGCUGCGGUGAAUGAUUUAACCGGCGUCACCACUGCACUUAGAGCAAUUUGUGGCCACCCUUGCUUCUCAUAUCUCUUACCAGUUUCCCUCUUCAAACCCACCGGCUCACCCGUGCUCGUAGUGGUCGCUUGCGCCGCUGAGCUUGUCUAAGCCCCGCUUUGUUGCUUACCUCGUCCAGUCACGACGUGUUUCGUUUCCAAAAACCAGCCCGCAUCAUAAGGUUAAACGUUCCAUAUGCUUUUGUGCACGCAGAAUAAUCGAACAUUUCGUCCACUUUGCAGUGGUUUAGCGUGCGGUUUUCCCGUGAAUUUGUCCCCCUGCUCUCGUGAGUGCAAUUUACUUGACGCGUUUUCAAGGGGUAACCGUGCCUAUCGAGAAGCAUUUUACACUUGAUGUCAAUUUACCGGGUCAUAUUUUGUAGUGACUCACUUUAUGUGACUUCUGCGCAAAGUUGUCUUUUGAAAUAAGGUUUGAUAGCUACCAUCGCGCUUGUUGUCUGGUAUUAGUUGUCUGGCCGCGUUUGGAGUGUUUCCUUCAGCAUCGGGAGAUUGUUGGGAAUACGCAGGACUAUUCAAUGGAGUCCGCAUCCGAGGAUGUCGUUGCCAUAGGGGGGGCAGAUUCUCAACAGCAAAACGCUCGACACUCUUCCGGAUCCGGAACCAGUGAUGUCGGCAAUGAACCAUCUCACAGUGUUGUAGAGGUGGGGAGUGUGGGAGGCGGCACUUUGGUCGUUAGGCGGGCUCGAGUACGAGCUCAGCGUCCCUCUACCUACUUUGCUGCCCCAGCUGCCAUUAACGUUACUGCUGUGCGGAGCCGAGCGAAUUCUGUGGCGCCGAGUGCCGUGACCAGCCCCCGUGUACGUCCCACCGGGCCGUCAGACCCUGCCACCAGUUUGUCAGACGCCAACGUUCCUAAUGCUGGCACCCAUGACCCAACAAUUUCCCCUGGUCGAUCAGCAACCACAAUAAAUGGAAGUCGAGAAGGAGCCGAUGCACAGCAACCGCCGGAGGGUCGACAGGUUCCAAUUUCGCGACCGGCUGCCUCUGAGCAAAUGAAAAGUCAGUUUGCUCUGGCCACUGCUUCUAUGGAGCGUAGGCUGGCUUCAAGGACACAGUCUCGACAGGCGUCUCGCAUGAUUUCAAGGCGCCUCUCCCCUCGUGGCCAUUCUCCGGCACGUCGCGCUUCCGAUGACCCAAUUCAAAGGAAAUUGCUGCAAGCCAGCGCUGCGUUGGAACGCACCAAACAGUCUGAAGUUGAGCCUGCAGGAGAAAUGCCCCGCAGCGCAGAUGAUGCGGCAGGAAAAUCCAUGCUGCCGGUGGCCAGUGGUCGGAGGGAGAGUGAAGGAAAGAAUAAGGUGGAUGAGAAACACGCCGAAAUGGUGCAGCAGGGAGUGGCAGGCAUGCUGAAAGUGGAAGAAGAUCUUCGGGCGAGUCGAAUUGCCUCCCGCAUUGCGUCGCGAUCCAUUUCUCGUAAUCCUGCGCAGAGGCCUCUUAGCAGCUUGAUGCAGCGGACAGAUGUAGCCCAUGCGGCAGCUGAAGAACUUCGACGCCGGCUUGCGGAGGAGGCGUCAGACAGUGCCAUAGAUCUCCCCAACAAAAGCUUCGCACGGGCUGCAGCAAACCGCUACACGCCAGAUGCAGCGGCGGUAUCCGGAGAUACACGUUCGGAGAUCGAGAUCUCGGCACGGCGGGAGCUGACAGAGCUGGACCAAAAGGCUACCUUACUGCAAGCGGCGUGGAGAGGCUAUAGGACUAGGUUGUGGUUUGUGAGUGUUAAACUUACAGCGACGUUCGAGAGACAUCUCCGACAGACGUUUGGCACUUCAAAGGCUUUUGGAUGGAGAAGUGAAUCGCCAUCUGAGACAGACGACCGCCUUACACCCCUCAUGUGCUGAGCGUCUGUGUGGGUUGUGGUUCGAGGUCUUGAGUGGGUCUGGUACCGUAAUGUUGGCAGGGGCGGGUGAGGGGUGCGUGUAUUGUUGUGAAACUUGAGCCCCAUGCUUCCGUUGCGUCCCAGUCCAUGCAUCUACAGUUUUAGUGGCUAUUGGAACCAGUGACGAAAUCAUGCUCGGUCGCUCGUUACAGACCAUUUGUCGGUUACAUACAAGUUGGUACCGUUCGCUUUUUGUCCAUACGGACCAUUUCUUGGAUGUGAUGAGGAUGAUUUCCUCUGUGCAAGGCUGUGGCUCCGAGAAGACGGUUGUCGUUUUCUGCCUAACUUACGGCGAUG